CCAAUGGCAAGGGGAAAGAACAGCACAGUAGUAACAAGGUUCAUCCUUUUGGGAUUCUCAGACUAUUCAGAGCUCAAUAUUAUCUUCUUUGUGAUAUUCCUGGUGAUCUAUCUCAUGACUUUAGCUUGGAAUCUGAGCCUCAUCUCCCUGAUCAAGGUCGACUCCCAUCUCCACACACCCAUGUACUUCUUCCUCAGCAACCUGUCCUUUCUUGACAUCUGCUAUGUUUCCUCUACAGCCCCCAAGAUGCUCUCUGACUUCUUCAAGGAGAAGAAGACCAUCUCCUUUGGGGGCUGUGCUGCUCAGUACUUCAUUUUUUCUGGCAUGGGACUGACUGAAUGUUGCCUCCUGGCUGCCAUGGCAUAUGAUCGUUAUGCUGCUAUCUGCAACCCACUGCUCUACACAGCCAUCAUGUCUCCUGCCCUCUGCAUGUGGAUGGUGGCUGGAUCAUACAUGAGUGGAUUCUCUGGUUCCUUGAUCCAACUGUGUUCUUUACUUCAACUCAAUUUCUGUGGGCCAGAUGUGAUCGAUCAUUUUUUCUGUGAUCUGCCCCAGCUGCUGGUCCUGUCCUGUUCUGGUACCUUGGCCCUACAGAUCCUCAAGUUUGUGCUAGCAGUGGUUUUUGGGGUACUAACUGUCCUCAUCAUUGUGGUUUCCUAUGGCCAUAUUGUUGAGGCCAUCCUGAAGAUUAGCUCUGCCCAAGGGCGGUCAAAGGCCUUCAACACCUGUGCUUCUCACCUGAUGGCUGUGACUCUAUUCUAUGGUUCUGGUCUCUUCAUUUACCUGCAUCCCAGCUCCAAUGACUCCUUCAGCCAUGACAAGGUGGUAUCUAUUUUCUACACAAUGGUCAUCCCCAUGCUGAAUCCUUUGAUCUAUAGCCUGAGGAACAGAGAGAUCAAAGAAGCACUGAAGAGGUGGGAGAAGAGAGCGUUUGCCUGA